CCCACCCACACCCACCCCGACCACCGGCCAACCGUCCCACCACCUUCCUCCUUCGUCGGACCUGGCUGGCCCCAACCUCUUCCUUCCUUGCGCCGCCUCAUGAAUCCAGUGCUUCCUACCUCACCGGCAAGUCGCCCACCGUGCAACCCCACUGCUCGAUCCCGUCGCCGGCUUAUGAGGAGGACUGUAUCUGGCCGCCCUUCUCCCUCCCCUCCCCUUUCAUGGAUCCACCUCGUAGAAAAAGACCCGCCGUCCAUUCCCAUGGCCACAAACCUCCCCCCUUCCUGUCUCCAAGCAGACGGCCCAGCCAGACCCAGCCGUGGUGCGCCAAGCAGGCGGCCGUGCUCCACUUUCCCAUCUCCAUGCCCGUUGAAAAAAUUGGGUUCGAGCCCUCAUGCAGUUGGUGCCUUCUCGUGGAUCUGGAUCAAAUCUCGCUCCAACUGCGGCCAUCUGGUUGUGCAACGGUUAGUACCACCGGCGACGAGGAGCGCGGCUCCCUCCAAGCUCCCCUCCUCCUUCUGUGCGGUACAAAGAGGAGUGCGGUGCUCCAUCUCCACCAUGCGGGCUCCUCCUGCGAUGGGAAGUUGGGUAUCUGCCCCGGCGACCACUCCCAAGCCGCCACGAUUGGCCCCGAUGGCGCGGCCACCCUCUACCAUGCCCCUUCUCCACUUCUCCUUCUCCUUCCCCGUGGUGCACGAGAAGAACCCCUGACGGUCCCAGGUUUCCAAAGACAUCUGUGGUUCGCACUAAAAAAAUUCACGUUGGACCACUUGUUUGUAGGAGCAAUUACUUCAACCGCGUGUGGUUAUUAGAUUUUUGGGUAGAGGGAAUAUCUAUGCAGUAUUGCAGUUCAUUGUAAAGUUUUGUCUUUGGAAACUUCCCUUUGUAAAGAGAAAUUUGUAAGGCACCCAUUUACUUCAGUAAAGUUUUGUCCGAUGCAGUU